AUGACUAGCCAUUAUCAAGCAAGAAAGGAAGGUGAUUUAACCUACACCUAUGCUCCAAACUCUCCCAAUGUUACUACCUAUGUAACUGGUACUCAAGUAGCUACUGAACAUAAUGUUAUUAAUUCAACUGGAACUGGAACAGUACUUGGAGCACCAAUUAUGAAAGAGAAAUUCUUUGCAGGUCAAAAGGAUGCAGCUGGUAUUCCCAUCCCACCACCAAUCCCACCAACUACAAAGGCACCAAUCUCGACCGGUGGCAACUUGAACAAUUUAAUUUCAUCGCAGGCUGGAAACUUGAAGAGCACCAAUACCCCCAUUUUGUCGAGUGCCAAGCCAUUGAAUGGUGGUACCACCACCCAUGACAAUGGAUUCGGUAGCAACAAGUCCCUCAACAACAACAACAACAAGCCAUUGAACGGAGACUCUACCCGCGGCACCACCGGUACCACCCACACUGCCAACGACCCCUACUACAAUGCCAACAACGGUCACAAUUUAGCCGAGCCACACAAGCCAUCUACCAUCAUGAAGGUAAAGGGUGUCGUCAAGGAAAAGUUUGGUCAUAUCACCAAGAACCAACGUUUGGAGGAAGAAGGAAAGCAAUUGGAAGCUCAAUUUGCAAAGGACAAAUUAGACUAUCAACACUUCCAAGAUACUCAUCCAGUUGCUCACAAGUAA